AUGGCGACGCUGCAUUACCUCCGCGUCUUGGCCUCGCCGUGCGUGUCUCUGCUGUCUCUCGGAUGCGGCUGCCUCGGCGUGUACGAAGGGUGGCGGCUGCGAGAGCGAAAGAAGGUUGUCGACGCCGCACUGAAAGACAGUUCCUCUGUCGCGGCGUUUGCCGCCAAGACAGCUGACCAGUACGCUGGAAUCUGCUAUACGCUCCCCACUCCUGACAAAGGAGUCUCCGAGUUCCAGAUCUCCGUUCUCUCGCCUGCGCUUCUCGCGUCUCUCCAAGCAGCCGUCACAGCUGGCGGCAUCGACGCAUGCACCGUCGACGAGUCGCAGAUCACUGCGGCGCUCGCGGCCACGGAAGUGCUGUCGCGUCAACUCAGUGCGACCGGUGGAAAUCGCUUCUUCGCACGCCGCGCAGAACACCUCCUUGGAGAAGGACCGAGGGCCUCGGUCGGCCGGCGACUGGAGCCGCACGUCGGGCAGAGCGGAGAUAGUGCAGCCACAAGGGGCGAAGACGCCCGCCAGGGGAUCUGCCUCGGGCGCAUUGCCGGCGUGGGGUGCGUGUCGAAGCCGCUCAAGAUCUCGGCGGACGGCGUCCAAACCCCGGGGCGGUAUUUGCAAGUCACGUACCAGUACUUUGUUCCUGUGUCGGAGGGCGAGGCAAGCGUCGAGGCGAAACUGCGGCAGGUGCUCGAGCUGCAGGAAGCCCUCGAGGCCGCGAAAAUCCGCCGCAAGCGCGACGGCGAGAGCCCUGACUCUCCGAGCUUUCUGGGUCGCGGGGCCGAACCCGAGAUCGUCGGUCAGACAGCGCUCGAGGCCGUGCGUGAAGCACGGCAGUCGGGCGUUCUGUCUCCGAGGCAGCGCGCAGAACCGCCCUCCGAGGCGGAGACCGCUUCGUGGCUGACGUGGAUCAGUUCGCUCGUUCGCCGCGCCUCUCCAAGCGCCGACGAGGCCGCUCAGCCGCCAGCGAGCAAGCGAAAUCUCCUCGUGGAUGCGUCGACCGCUGCCGCGCCACGCAUCGUCGUGAUGGAGGGUCAGGUCGAGCUCCGCCUCCCGCGAGGCGACGGCCGCGUGCACCGUUGGCUGUCGGAGACGAAGCAACUGCGUGCCGGAGACGCACACGCCCCACAGCGAAGCGCGGCUCCUCUGCAGAAAGGCGAACGCGACUCGCAAGGCAACGAGGGCCCGCCCGACGCGGCGGCCUCGACCUGCGAGUCUUCGUCGUGUGGAACCGAGGCGGCGAGCGUCGCGGCACGCGCACAGCCUGCGCCGUCCUGCGGCUGCGGCGAAUCCGCCUCGCCGAAAACGCUUUCUGGGGCAAAACCUGGAGAAGCAAGCUGCAACCUUUCGCCACACUCCGCGCAUGCAGUGGACAGAAAGGGCCAGGCUCCGUCUUUUAGACUUUCCUCUGGGGACGGCGAGAGUGGCGACUCCCGGAGCGCGUCUCUGGCGGACCGGUGCGGCGCUGGAGAAGAAACUCGGACCGUGGAAGACAGCCGGGCAGCAGCGGAGCUCGCCCCGCUCCACGCUCGACCAGGGUGGGGAGACAUCGGGCGCGACCAGCUGGUCACGGUCGCGUACGACAGAGACGAUCCCUCCCGGCACACAGCCUGGAUUGCAGUGCGAGCAGGCGAAGCCGCGACGCAAGAAGAGGGCGCAGCAUUUCCCGGAAAGUUGAUUGUUUUUGACACAGAGAGGCAGGGCGCCGACAGGGCGGUCGCAGUCGCAGGCGCGAGCGCAGGCCUUCUCCUGCUCGGCGCGCUCAAGUUGUACAUCUCGCUCGUGCUACGGAAGCGUCUCAUACUCGUCCCUGGGAAAUAA